CUUUUGAAUGGCAAAAAGUUUGAUUCCUCACGCGAUCGCAACGAUCCAUUUACUACCACCAUUGGAGUUGGUCGAGUGAUCAAGGGAUGGGAUAUGGGAAUCCCUUCCAUGUCUCUCGGAGAGCGAGCUAUUCUUACCAUUCAGCCCGAGUAUGGAUAUGGUGCUCGAGGAGCAGGAUCAGACAUCCCGCCCAAUUCUGUACUGAUAUUUGAUGUAGGUAGAUUGGUUACAUUUGAUAGUAAAUGCAAGUGCUUUCUCUAA